AUGGCGGAGGAUGGCGACCUUGUCAACGCGAAGCUCUCCCGGCUCGCCGAGCUCCGAGUGGAGGAAAUGCCGGAUGCGUAUCGGGUCAACAGUCGCAAGGAGGAGCUCAUGCUUGAGUGCGUGAUUGCCACCUUUGGUUCAUCGUACUGCGCCCCCGCUCACACGUCGGCGGCGAAUGGUAGGUAUGUUGGCAAGUUCGUGCGUCACUUCUCGUCGCUGCAUCCAGAGCGCCCACCGCUCAUGCUCACCCCAUGUAACGAGUGCGGCCGUCGCAAGUUCGUGCCGUACACUGAGCUCUACGACUACGACAAGUGCGCACGAUUCGUGGCGCAAUUCAUUGCCUACGAGCCGCUGGAUCUUCCCACUUCGCUGCCAGCCAUCCUGCCCUCGCCUGCCACUGUGAUGGACUGGCAGGCGGGCGACAGCUUUGAUUGUGCGCAACUUUUGUGCUCGUUGCUGCUCGGUGUCGGGUAUGACGCAUACGUUGUGAGUGGCUACGCCCCAAAGGCAGUUGCCCUGGCCGAUCAGAGUUCGGUCAUCUUGCCAGCACUCAGACCUGCGCCAGCGGCGCCGCCUGCUGAGAGUCCGCCCCCCAAGAAGUACGCGGUGCGGCCCCGCAAGGCGCUCUCCUCGAAUUUCCUCAAACAGAGAGAGGCGGAGAUCGCUGCCGCCGCCCACGGAGAUGCUACUGCACUAGCGCCAAAGGGCCAGGGCCAGUCGGAACCGGCCCUCCCAGCGGCUGAUGAGGAUCAUCAGGUGGAUGAGCUGCAAGGGCGGCGUGUGCAUGCGUGGGUGCUCGUGCUCGCUGGCAAGCGGAUGCUGGAGGCGUCGCUCUUCCUCGAGCCCACUACCGGGUCGAGCUACUCGCUCAGCAGCGCGCCCUACCGCACUAUUGAGUCCGUGUGGAACACUUCAAACUAUUGGGUCAACCUGCAAGGCCCGCUCCCCCCGGCGGAGCUUUCUUACGACCUCGCCGCGCCGGCCAAGUGGGAGGGUUUGCUGGCGGAAUCGGAGAGCGAACUGGUCGACGACAAUGACGAUGACCCCACGCUCGCCGCGGCGGAGCUGGCAGCGGGCAGAGCCGGUACACCGGGCGCUGAGCCACCGCAGAAGGUGGGGGUAGAGGCGGGGGCCAGUGCUCUGGCGGCGGACCGCACACGGAUGGACAUGCCGCCCGCUUGGUCCGCCCGGAUCCGCCUCGAUCGCGAGCGUCUGCAGGCCCGCUGCCCGGCCGCGCAGCGGCUGACGACCUACCAUACGGCCCAUCUGGAGCAGUUCCCGCCUUAUUCGCGCGAAGACGGGCUUGUGGAGAGGAUGACCAUCUUUUCAGACAUCGAGAUGGAGGACGCGUACGAGGUGCGCGAGAGCUACCGCAACCGCAAGGACAAACUGUCCUCGCGAACCGUGAAUCAGCGGGAGGGCCGGACGGUCGAGACGUUCGAGCCGGGCCGAAGCCGCGCCUUGCGCGAGCUCGUCUCGAUCGAGGGCUCGCGCCGCGAGUUCCGGUACUAUGACGGAGCCCGGCUCGACGGCCUGAUGUCGCGCACCGAGGUGUUUGGCGACAAGACAACCCUCACCUACUCGGGUGACGGCAGCACGCUCACCCAGCGCACCGCAUCGUACGCGGAGGCGUCGCCGGGGUCGGGGCCGACUGUCCGAAAGAUGACGGAGCGCUACCGCAGAACGGACGAAGUCGACGCGGAGGCUGACGUGGCUAAGCGGACGUUUGACUUGGCCAACGGCGUCAUCAAGGUGCGCUACCACUUUGGCCAGGACCGCGUCACGCGCUCUUGGCGGACAUACUCAAAGCAGGGCCACAGGGUCGUGCAAGUGGACCCCUUUUCAAGGACGCCGACCGACACGGAGCUUCAGGAGGAGUACGCGCAGCUGCAGCAGGCGGAGCGAGAGAGCCUAACACAGCUGCGCGAGACCGACCGCCAGGCCAAGGACGAGCUGACGAGGCGCGCAGAUGAGGAGGCGGUGAUCGCGGAGGCGAUGGACGAGGACGAACAGGUCUUUGGUGACGGCAACUUUGCGCUCCCGCGGCACCUCUCCGUCUCGGCGUACGACACGGGGCGCAGCAAGCUUGUGCUCUCGCACGACGAGACGGAGGAGGUGGCUGAGGUGCCGCGCGAUUUUCUCACGCCCUUCCUGCCGAGGCAGCUGUCGCCCGAGGCGCCGCCGCUCACACGCGAGGAGGCGCUGCGAGUACGCGACGACUGCUUGCGUUCGCUCAAGGACAGACUCGUGGAGCGCGCCACCAUUGUGCAGUCGCGCCUCGACGAGGAGAAUGCAGCGCUCUCCAAGCGCCAGACGACUUUCCAGCGCAACCGCGACCACAUGGACCCGAGGGAGGAGGAGGAGUACGAGGCGUUUUGUCAGGAGGCCAUGUUCCGCAUUCAGAUCCUCGAGCAGCGCCUCGAGCGACACACCGAGCUCUCCCUUCACAAGUACGCAGAGCUGGACACACGGCUGCGGUCCGAUUUGCGCCUUGCCGCGCUCGCUGGCUAA